CAGAAUUGCCAAAAUUACAUGAAAGCCAUCAAACUAGAUGGCAGGUAAAGUAAAAUUCAAUGGCAAUUGUAACCAGUUGAAUGUUAUACCUGUUGAUGGUGUAAGCAACAGAGUCUAACUGUUAUAACUGUUUUUUUCCUAGUUUUUACUUUCACUUCGAGUUCAACUUUUUGCCUGUCACACAAAGUCUAAUAAUCAAAAUACAAAUUUGAUUCCUAAAGUGGCUUCAAAUUUAAACGUAAUUUUCAACCUCUUUUCAUUUCUGACCAAACAUUUCAAUUUUUAUUUUUCGAAGUUUACGUUUCCACUGUCAAUCAUCCAAACUCUAAGUGUAAUUAACAACAUUUGUUUUACAACAAUCAACCUAACGAACAAAUCAUUUCAGUUUAACGGUUAAACCAAUCGGAAACCAAACAAAACCCACAAAAUUCACCAUUUAAAAAGUGAUCGUCUUCACAACUUUACCCAAACAGUAAUCAUCAUUUUUCCGUCUCCAUUUUUCAUCCACGGAAACAACAAAAAGUACCUUUUCUUGGUGUGUUUUAUCAUUCUUAUUUCCGGUAACCUUGUAUUAUAACCAAACGGAACCAAAAUUUUCUUUUUCUGAUUAAAUGUUGAUCUUUGGAAACCAUCUCAACACAUUAUAAACCGAAACAAAAGCAACGAAAAAAAAGUCUAAACCCAAAUUGACUUUAACCAAAAAACUGGCUAAAAGUUGAGAUCAACAUCGAGAUCGGAAAAGUAAAGAUUGGCGAAAAAAAUUGUAAACCCAAAAUGAAACCUCGAAAAAUGAUUUCUGGUCCGAUUGGUGAACCUGAUAGUCUUCUUGGUGGAGUGAGCAUCUGGAGGGAACAACAAACUCAAUUAGAGAAAAGUUUACGAUUAAUGAGGAAACGUCGGACAAAUGGAAACAACAAUUGUGAAACAAUUAACGGAAAAUCAAAAUUAAUUUCCAAUUCAGUUACAAGUUCAAGCAACAGUUCCAAUUGUAGUAAUAUAAAUAGCAAUUAUAGCAACAGCAGCAACAGCAGUAUAAGCAGUAAUAGCAGUACAGUUAGCAGCAGCAGUGCCAUUAAUAAUCAGAUCAAUUCAAGUGUACUAGUCACCAAUGGUGGACAAAAUGGUUCCAACAUGACGGAUGAUUUUGACGCGUCCGUGGUUGACGCCAGCGAAUCAACCGAUGAUUCAAGUUCAGUCGACGAACUGGAGACGAAUCGAAAGCGAAACCGUCUCUCACCUUCUUUAACAAACGGUGCAACCUUUACCAAUGGAUCAUCACUAUCGGUGUCCUUUAACCACACCAACAAUGGGCAAGGGCGCAGACGAAAGUCAACCAUCUCUGCCCGUGAACGUAAUCUACGGCGACUAGAGUCAAAUGAAAGGGAACGCCAACGGAUGCACAGUCUGAAUGAUGCUUUCCAAUCGCUUCGAGAGGUUAUACCGCACAUACGCUUGGAAAGGAAACUGUCCAAAAUUGAGACGCUAACGUUGGCCAAAAAUUACAUCAUGGCGUUGACCAAUGUUGUCUGUGAGAUGAGAGGUGAAGAGUUGCCCUACAAGAACCUUGUUCAAUCGCCUGAUCCUUCGGAUGGAAGCAGCCAAGAUGUUGGACUUAUACUGAGCAACAGUGAGGUUAACGAGGGAAUCACAAUGAUCAAUGGAUCAAGAGCAUUACAAGCCUCCAGCUGUGCCAAUUCAACAUUCAAUUUUGACUCAACCACUUCAACGUCAACACCAACCGUUGUAACAAGACGUAACACUCAACGUAACAAUGUUGUUAACAAUAAUCAAAAUGAAAAUAAUGAGAACAAUAAUACAAUUGAAAAUCAAUUUUCCCUGCAAAUGCCAACACCGGCAACAACAAUAGGCUCAUCUUGUUCACCUUCAAUCCAAUUGUCCAAUGGAUUGGCUGGCGAUUCAUUUACUUCUGUCAUCACCGCAGAAACUGAAUUAACCUCAAUUGGUGACAUUAGUCUUCUUAAUCCAUUUAAAGGUUCAUCAACGUUAACAUCAUCAUUAUCAUCAUCUCAAUCAAGAUUAGUCAAUUGUUUCUCUGGUCUUAUUGCUGAUGAGGCUCUGGUAUCAACUGGUAAACUUGAGCCUUGUUUGGAUGCCAAAGCAAUCCUCAACUUUCCAGAUGAUCUUUAACACUUAACCAAUCAUUAUAUGAUAAUUAUUUAUUCAAAUUGUCUUAACCUUCUAAUCCUUAUUGUCUCAUAAUUCACUCAUCAUCAUUAACCAUCACUCAACACCCAACAAAAGAGAUGCUAAUGUUUAAUCAAUCCACCCAUCAUUGAUAAGAAGAAGAAGAAGAAACAUUCAGUUUAACAUGAACAUUAAUCGUUUCCACCAUCGUUUCCAUCAUCUUCACCACUUUUCAUUUCACAAUCAACAUGUGUUUUCAUCAGCAUCAUCAUGAUUGAUCCAUUGACACCUGUUAAACCUAUUCAAUAGAUUAUUGUUAAUCAGGGUUAGAUAAAUACCCAAACAUACACAUGCAUCCAAACACACAUCACACACAAAAUGGAUGAGAUGACAAACACACCAAAAUAAAGGAAUCCAAAUCAAUCAUAUAAAAGGAUCAAAAUCAUAACAGUUUAACAUAAUCAUUAUAAUCAUAAUCAUCGUCGACAUUGAACAAAUUACUUAUAAUAGAUGAUCAAUGGAAAGCAAAAAGCAUCGAGAAAAGACGAGAAUCAAGAAUUGUAAUUCAACUAAAAGAAAGCAACAAAAAUCACAAUCAACUGUAAUCAUUAAAACUCGACUCAUCUUCAAGUCAACCAAAAGUUUAACUUAAAUCUUGAAGCCAAACACAAACCCAAAUCUUCAUGUUAACCCAAACUAAUUGAAUGACUUUUAGCUUCUCAUCGCUUGCUUUUUAUUUUAAUUUAUUGAGACAAUAAAAUGUAAAUAACAAUCUUAAUCAAAAGCUCAGCUUACAGAUUAAAAGUAAUAAUUGUUUCAAUUAGUUUAAAACAAUAAUCAAAUGUUAAACCUUCCUAAAGGCCUCUUUAAGAAACAGUUUAACCGUUUGCAAUCCAUCAACCCAAUGGAUCUUGAGAUUUAACAAAUUUUACCUUUUACCUUAUUUUACUCAAUUGAAUGCAUUCAAAUUAAUUCAUUGCAAUACAAUAUUAUCAUUAACGAUAGUUUAGAUCCAAAGUCAGGAUUAUUUAGAUUUAAAACGCAUGAAAAACACACAAAUGAUUGUAAGCUACACAAAUCUUGCAAUAAUGUUGAUUAUUGUUGAUUAAUCGUUUCCAAAUAACCCAACAACAUUGUACCAUUUAGAGUUCCUUAACAACAUUGUCAUCGAAACAAUUAACAUCAAAGUUUUUGCUUAUUUCUUCAUUUCCAAUCACAAUUAAAAUCAAUGAAAAAAAAACCUUCCAAUCGUUAUUGUAAUCCAUUGAACAUUUCUCUCUUUUUUGAUUCAAAUCAACAAUUGAAAUCUUCUUAGCUAAGCCUGCGAUAAAUUAACAUGUAAAGAGUGCAAUCAUUUGUUUCAAUUUUAAUCAAAAAAACGCAAAUCAUGAAUCAAUUAUAACCUUUAAACGCUAUGUCAAUCAUUUGAUUAAUAAAUGUGAUUCAAAUUUU